UAAUAAAAAUAAUAAUAUCAAUACACAAGAGAAGGAAGAAAAAAUAACAUAAGCUUCCUUUUUGUCUCGCACAAUAAUUAUCGUUUUGUUUAGAUUCUCCCACAAAAGAUGUUCUCCCUCACUCCUUUUACUAUGUUUCUUUUUUGUCAUAAUCAUCAUCAUAGUUCAUAUAUAUAUAAAGCUUAUGCGAACUAGGAAGCUGAACAGAGGAAAAGAAAGAGAAAGAGCGUGAGCAUAAACUAUCAUCUAAUCAAUUCCAAGUUGAAUUGAAUCCUUUCUGAAUUUUGAUUGGAUAGGUGAGCUGAGAUUCACUCACUGUUCUGUUCUGUUCUGUUCUUAUGCUUGGCUUUAUGGGAUGUCUGCAGAGUAGCCUAUGCUGAAAAAUAACUGAAAUCAUUCCACAAGUUGCUCCAAAGCUGUUCUUUUUCAUGGCUAAGUUGUGCUGUUUCAAGGCUUCUUACUCUCAGCUUGUAGCAACACGUUCUUCAUCAAGCACUGGUAAGGGGAAAAACCAUGAUGGGACAGUAAAGUAUGGUUUCAGCCUAGUGAAAGGGAGAGCUAAUCAUCCAAUGGAGGAUUAUCAUGUUGCCAAGUUUGUGCAGAUUCAAGACAAAGAAUUGGGUUUGUUUGCAAUUUAUGAUGGCCACCUUGGAGACCGUGUUCCUGCCUACUUACAGAAAAACUUGUUCCCCAACAUUUUAAGGGAGGAUGAGUUUUGGGAAGACCCAACUUUAUCAAUCUCAAAGGCUUAUGAGAGCACAGAUAAGGCAAUUCUAUCACACAGUUCCGAUUUGGGGCGUGGUGGAUCGACGGCUGUGACUGCAAUAUUGAUCAAUGGACGCAGGUUGUGGAUUGCUAAUGUUGGUGAUUCAAGAGCUGUUCUUUCAAAGAAAGGACAAGCUUUACAAAUGACCACAGACCAUGAACCUAACACUGAACGAGGUAGUAUUGAGAACAAAGGUGGUUUUGUCUCCAAUUUGCCAGGUGACGUGCCAAGAGUGAAUGGUCAACUAGCAGUAUCUCGUGCGUUUGGAGAUAAGAGCUUAAAGUCGCAUUUGCGGUCAGACCCAGAUGUACAAACAAGUGAUAUAGAUGCUGAAACUGAUCUUCUAAUCCUUGCAAGUGAUGGACUCUGGAAGGUAAUGACAAAUCAAGAGGCAGUAGACAUUGCCAGAAGGAUGAAAGAACCACAGAAAGCAGCAAAGCAAUUAACUGCUGAAGCAUUAGAAAGAGACAGUAAAGAUGACAUAUCUUGUGUUGUCGUUAGAUUUAGAUGAUCAUCAUUAUCUUUCAACACAUACACACACACAAACAUACAUACAUACAUACAUACAUACAUACAUACAUACAUACAUACAAUAGUAUAUCACAUAAUUGGUCUAAAUUCGUGGUUGAGUCAGUUAUGCAAAGCUGUAAAAGUGCCUUUUUUGUAUUAGAUUUUGUCCGUGUGAGAAUGUCCCAUUUCUUUAUGUCAAAAUCUGUGCUAGUGUAGUGAUUGUUUGGACGGUGAUUGGUCCUAAUCCAUGGCUGUUACUAUCAUUUGAUACGAAUGGACCCUAUAUAUCUUUGA